AGGAAAGCUCUAUGAGAGAGAAGCUUUCUGAAUUGAGUCAGGGUGGUAAAGCCUUCCACCUGACCCCAUACAGCAUGUAUGAGAGAACCAGUCUGGCAGAGAAGCCUUCUGAAAAUAGUGGCUGUGGGAUGACGUUCAUUAGUCAUUCCCACUUUCAGACACAGGGGAGAAGUCACGGUGGAGGAGACCUCGAUGAAUGGAUGCUUCCAUUUCCAGGGAUCUCAGUUCCCUCAGCAGGUCACCCUGUGUAUAUGCAAAUGCACACGGUUAGAGACCCCUAUGAAUGUAGGGAGUGUGGGAAGUGUUACGCAAAUGUGAAACGUCUCAAUAAACACAUCAGUCGAUUUCACGCUGGAAUAAAACCAUUUGUAUGUAGCGAAUGUGGAAAAUCUUUCUACACUUCCUCACACCUUUAUAUACAUUUUAUGAUUCACACUGGAGAGAAGCCCUAUGAAUGUAAAGAAUGCGGGAAACACUUCCAGUGGCCCUCAAUGCUUCGUAAUCAUGUUCAAACUCACACUGGUGAGAAGCCUUAUAAAUGUAUGAUAUGUGGGAAAGCCCUCAGUAGUUCCUCAUAUCUUAAUCAUCAUUUGAGAAUUCAUACUGGAGAGAAGCCCUUUGAAUGUCAGGAAUGUGGGAAAUGCUUUGCUUGGAUUUCAGGCUUUCGUAGACAUGUUCAAACUCACAGUGGUGAGAAGCCCUAUAAAUGUAAGGAAUGCGGGAAAGCCCUCAGUAGUUCCUCAAUUCUUAAAGCACAUUUGAGAAUUCACACUGGAGAGAGGCCAUAUAAAUGCAAGGAAUGUGGGAAAGCCUUCAUUAACUCCUCACGACUUAAUGAACAUUUGAGAAUCCACACUGGAGAGAAACCCUAUGAAUGCAAGGAAUGUGGGAAAUCCUUCCACCUUUCUUCAAGCUUAGUUGGACAUUUAACAGUUCACACUGGAGCAAAACCCUAUCAAUGUAAGGAAUGUGGAAAAGCUUUUGCUUGGCCCUCAUUCCUUAAAAAACAUUUACGAACUCACAAUGGAUAGAAGACCUAGGAAGUGGUGAACGUGGGAAAUUCCAUUUGAGAACUCACACUAGAGCGAAGCCCUGUGAGUGUAUGGAAUGUGGGAAAGCCUACACCACUUCCACAUCUGUAAAUACACAUUUGAAGUCCCACUGGAGACAAGUCCUUUGAAUGUACACACUGACUGAAGGCCUUCACUGUUUCCUCAAGCCUAACUCAACAUGUAAAAAUUGACCCCAGAGAGAAACUGUGAAUGUAAAGAAUGUGAUAAAGCCUUCACAUUGUCGUCAUGACUUACUAAAACGCCUAAAAAUGCACAAUGGAUAGAAGACUUACAUACAUGAUAAACGUGGGAAAGCCUCAGUUUUUCCAGUUCAUUUCAAAAACACGAAAGAAGCCACAUUGGAGGGAUACUGACUGAAUAUGAGAAAUGUGGGAAAGUCUACAGGUGUCCCAUUGAAUACAUGGAAGAACUCCCUAACUAGAUCUUGUAUGAAGUUAGCAAUGUUGGAAAGCAAUCAGGACACCCUACAACCCACGCUGGAACAACAGUGAAGUUGUUCAAUGUGUAAGAGACGUGUGGAACUCCGCUAAUAGGGUGGUUUUGUAGACCUGUGAACAUGUGCUGCUCUACCCCCACUAUUUUUGGGAAUAUUUUGGCUUUCUUUAUUCAGCUGUCUGUGCUAUGCUAGUCGAGUUUCUACACCAGGUUGCAGUCUAGACCCAUGUGAGACUAGCAGUUUUAGACUUAAUGCUAUUCAAACCACCUGGGUUCUCUAGUUGUAUGGACCUU